UAAUCAACACUGCAGUCGCGACAUACAUAUAAACAAGGGUACACAAUAAAUAAAUAUAAAUUGUAAACGUUUUGAUUUGUGCACAACAUGGAUCUGGACUGGCAAAACAGUCUGACAGAGAUCAAAGAUCGUGGCCAAUAUCUGUUACAUUCAGAAAAAUGGGCCGAUUGCCGCUUUCUCGUUGGCACACCGCCCAAUCAACGAAUUAUAUCGGGCCAUAAGCUCCUUUUGGCGAUGGCUUCGCCUGUUUUUGAGCGAAUGUUUUUUGGGAAUUUGCCGGAUAAAACGGAUCCGAUCAUAAUACCCGAUGUACAACCGGAGGCGUUUGAAGCGAUGCUCGAGUACAUCUAUACGGAUCGCAUAACAAUUGGCUCUUUCGAUAAAGCCUGCGAGCUAUGCUACGUGGCCAAGAAAUAUAUGCUUCCACACGUGGUAACACGCUGCACCCACUUCCUAUGGGCGGAUCUGAGUCCAAAGAACGCCUGUCGUGCUUACGAGUUCGCCAAACUGUUCGAUGAGCCGCGCCUCAUGCAGAGCAGCAUGGAUCUAAUCGCUGCCAACACCAGGGAAGUGCUCUCCGAUCCCAGCUUCCUUGACAUUGAAGUUUCCACUCUGAUGGCCAUAUUGGAUCAGCAUCGUUUGAAUAUUGACUCUGAGUUGGAUUUGUUCAACUGUCUGUUGAAAUUUGCCAGCGAACGCGGCAUUUUGAAUGAAAAUGGCAACGAAGAGGAGGCCAGUGGAAGUGGAAAAUCUGCCGUCUGUGCGGAACAAGCAGCUGCAGCUGCCAAUGAUAUGAUCGAGGAGAUCAAAAUGGAGCCCGAUGUGGCGGCCAUGGUGCAGCAUAUGCACCAGGAUGAGGAUGUUGAGAGCUAUAAGCAGCCCACUGGCAAUGGCUCCGCCGGCAGCUCACCCAUUCAUCCAGCCAGCAGCAACUGCUCCUCAUCGACAUCGAACGCAAAUGUUAGCGCUGUCAUAGUCCACGAUGAUGUGGUGAUCAUUGACAGCGAUGCGUCGGGCAAUGCCAAUGAGGAGGAGAUGAACGCUGCCGAGGCAGCAGCCAACAUGAUCAACAUGAUGGAUGCACAAAGAACGAUCAUGGAUGGCGCCAUGCUGAGGCAGGCUGUCAAGAAGAUACGCUUCCUCACCAUGACACCACAACAGUUUGCCGAGGGACCGGCACGCUCCAAGCUGCUCCAGCAGCACGAAGCCCUGGCCAUACUUAUCAAAAUAUCCAGUCCCACGUUGAACGAUUGCAAUAUGCCGGAAGGAUUCUGCGUGUCGCGGAGCACGCGCAAUUUUUAUGAGUCGGCGCAUAGGCAGAGGGAGCUCAGCUCCUCAUAUCGGAGCAGCAAUAAUCCGAACGCGAAUGCGUCCAACGGCUUUCCCGGCACCACCACGCGCACCAAUCAGCCACUCUUCACACGACAACGCAUCAGCGUGCCGCUCAACCUGGGCGCCAAUGCCGGCGCAGCGGCAGCUGCUGCUGCUACCGUUGAUCACCUGCCAAGCUAUGGCUUUAGCUUCGGCGACGAGCCGCUUCCCUUGCCCAACGGCGCCGCCUUUGGCGAAGCCUACGACGGUGCACUUCCAGCCGCUGCUGCAGCCGGAGCAGCAGCUGCACCAGCAGCUGUUCCACCUGGCAACGAUAACGAUGUCAUUGUCGCCAGCAAUUCGCAUCACGAUAUGACACGCUCCUACUGCAUGCGCUCCAUAGCCAGACAGUUCGAUUAUCGCAACACCAGCGUCACCGAUUGUGGAGUCACCUUUCAGGUGGACACGAACAUUUGGAUAUUGGGCGUGCAGGUGCCGACGCAGGUGCUUUGCGGCGAGCUGAUGCAUUCAGCUAGCUUUGCGGAGCGAUACACUGAGGUGCUCUAUGCCCACAUACAGGACAUGCACGGUUCGCGCAUCACGUAUACGCACUGUACGGCCAGGGUGCGGUACGAUUCGCAUUUGGAUAUCACAUUCGACCGGCCCGUCUAUAUCUAUCGCAACCAGAUCUACAAGAUCUACGUGGUCUUCAACAAAAUGGGCUGGUAUCCGAUGUAUUCCUGUGUGCCCGACACGGUCAGGCAGCGCGUCAAGUUCAUGUUCAAUGUGGGCAAUCCGACGGAAUCGGUGCGCGACGGCCUAAUCUAUGCAAUUAUAUUCUCGACGCCGCAGGAUCAUGCGCGGCAUUUGAUCGAUUGAUUGUUAAGUGGCUGAACAACAGCAACAGCAACAACAACAAUAACAAGCGAUCAACGAAUUUGAGAUGUGAUAGAUUUUUGUUUCAACCUUCUUGCUUCCUUUCACGCCACUAUUAUUUUCGAUAGCACAGUGAAGGCUGCCACCAACGGACGACUUUACAGCGUUACCCCUUCCUUUAUUCUUCUAGAUUUGUAGUCAGCUUCUGUUUUAUUAAUAAAUAUAUAUACACAUAUGAAAAGAA